AUGGCCUUCGCAUUCUUCCUGUUGCUCCCUGCAGUACUGUCGGAGGAGGUGGCCACUCCGGCCAGCCUGCUGCAACCCAGGAACUUCAAUCACCAUCCGUACCUCAAUCUGAUUGAACCUACAAAGCAAGGCCCAGUCCUCUUCCCCAACGAUGGACCCCCAAGACCCAGGACCCCACUCAUCGUGACCUCCAGACCUCUUCUAGAGUCCAUAGCACGGAGUGACCUGAACAAUUCCAUUGCUGAGCAGAGUCAAGUCAAUCGAGUGUCUUUUAAGCCCAGCUUCUUGGCUAGGGUUAAGGAUUACAGACCUUUCAUAUACCCCGUGCCAACUAUCACUCCAUUCUCCAACUAUGAUGAGCCACCUUAUGCUGAUGUGCUGAAGAAGGCCAGGGUCCACGCCCUGGGGAAGGAAGACCGAUACUACAGUGAUUAUGAGGAACAAACUAUACUGCCACCUAUAUACAAAGCCUUAGCUGACCACGCGAAGCAAAAAGUCCUGAAGAUACAGAGGAAUAACCAGCCACAUUAUGAUUAUCACACAAAAGAUCAUAAUUACUUGCAGCAUCGCAGUCAGGAUGAGACUGUAAAUGAAGAUGAUCAGACAAAAAAUUACGCCUUCUCAUACACAGUGAAGGACCACGAGACUGGUGAUGAUUUCUCUCACAAACAACACAGCAGUGGAUCAGCCACUAACGGAGAGUACAGGGUUCGACUCCCAGACGGAAGAAUGCAAAUAGUUUCUUAUACAGCAGACGAAAAUGGCUACAAAGCUGAUGUUAGAUAUGACGAUGAAGACGCAGGCUCAGGAAACCGAAUUGAUAAUAAUGCAUUCGAUGUUAAACGUAAUAUAAAUUACCGCAAUGAUAAUAGAAAUCAUUACAAUGAUGUAAAACAUGACGAUUAUAAUAACGAAUAUAGAGUUAACAGUGAACGCAAUUUCAAAAUUGAUGAUAAGAAGUUGAAAACUAAUGAUUAUUACAGUCAAUAUCCAGAUUCGUCGAAAGAAUAUUACAACGAUGAUCUAUCAACUGAAUAUGAGAGUAAAAACUACGAUUACGAACCGCACAAAAGCAAGUUCACAGUCUUCAACGAUAAAGCUAACGCUAAUUUUAAAACUAAAUACGCAGCUACCACUGUUAAACCUUCUUACGAGGAACUGAAAGAUCUAUUAGUUAACAAAGAUGUCUACAGCACAGUGCAGCCAAGUUACUUCACGAGGAAUCCAGUUGUAAUAAACGUACCAUCAACAACGCCUGCUCCAAAUUUUGAUGUUACGACAGAACACGUAGUUUUAAUUGGUGGUAAUAAACCUGUUCGAUAUACUAGUAUCGUUAACAGCGUACCUGUUACCCCAGCACCGAUAUUUCCAAACAAAUUUAUUGUAUCAUCUACGCCAAGAAGUUAUUUAGUAUCAACUAUUGCUGGACUUAGAAACAAAAUUAAUGUUACCCAGAAACCGAUACUGUCACAGAAUUUUAUAGAUAGAAUCAAUAAGUAUUUAAGUUUUACUAACGUUAGAAGCUGA